GUUCAUGCCUUGUGUGCAAAGUGUGUUUUCCUUGUUUUGACAAAUUAAGGAUCGGAGGAGGGGAAGCAUAUGAUAAAGUCUUCCCGGAGGAAUUUGUAUAGGAAUUGUCUGGUAUAGCAAUGGAGGACUUCAAGACUAUUGCUUGUAAUAUAUUCAUCAUAUGGCUGACGCUGGUUAUUGUUCUCAUCUUGUUGCCUUCAAUGUUUGGCAGCUCCCUGGGGAUCUCUGAAGUUUACAUGAAGAUCCUAGUGAAAGUUUUAGAGUGGGCCACGUUAAGGAUUCAGAAAGGAUUUAAAGAUAAGGAGAAACUGUCUGCAUCCAAUGGUAUCAUCCAGAGAGAUAAGUCCCCAAUGGAGACAGAAAUUGAAUGCUUGAGACAAAGUAGGAGUCAGGACAUACGGGAAGGAGACUUUGAGCUUGGUGAUGUCUUCUAUUUUGCAAAAAAGGGAUUUGAAGCUAUUGUUGAAGACGAGGUCACGCAGAGGUUUUCCUCAGAAGAGCUCAUCUCUUGGAACCUUCUAACUAGGACCAACAACAACUUCCACUAUGUCAGUCUCCGAGUCACACUCAUCUGGGUUCUGGGAUUGUGUGUGCGCUACUGUAUUCUCCUGCCUUUGCGUAUUACACUUGCAACAAUUGGGAUCAGCUGGCUAGUAUUAGGAGCGACACUUGUUGGACAGCUGCCAAACAGCAGGAUGAAAAGUUGGUUCAGUGAACUGGUUCACCUGAUGUGUUGUCGUAUAUGUGCCAGAGCUCUCUCUAGUGCAAUUCAGUACCACAACAAAGAAAACAAGCCUAAAAAAGGUGGGAUUUGUGUUGCCAACCACACUUCUCCUAUAGACAUCAUUAUCUUGGCUAAUGAUGGCUGCUAUGCCAUGGUUGGACAAGUUCAUGGGGGCCUGAUGGGAAUUAUCCAGAGAGCUAUGGCAAGAGCUUGUCCUCAUGUGUGGUUUGAACGGUCUGAAAUGCGAGACCGCCAUCUUGUGACAGAAAGGCUUAGAGAACAUGUAUCUGAUAAAUCAAAACUGCCAAUUCUUAUUUUCCCUGAAGGAACCUGCAUCAAUAAUACAUCCGUAAUGAUGUUCAAAAAGGGAAGUUUUGAAAUUGGAGGAACCAUUUACCCAGUUGCAAUAAAGUAUGACCCCCAGUUUGGGGAUGCUUUCUGGAACAGCAGUAAAAAUAGCAUGGUGAGCUAUCUUUUGAGAAUGAUGACAAGCUGGGCCCUCAAGUGCAAUGUGUGGUACCUCCCCCCAGUGAAUAGACAGGAUGGUGAAGAUGCUGUUCAGUUUGCCAACAGAGUGAAAUCUGCAAUUGCCAAACAAGGAGGACUUGUUGAACUCCCGUGGGACGGAGGCCUGAAAAGAGGGAAAGUUAAAGACUCCUUUAAAGAAGAGCAGCAGAAAAAUUACAGCAGGAUUAUUGCAGGGGAAAAUAAGUCCCUAAAACCAACCACCCACUGAUCACCUUUUUUGGGUAUUCUUGUGCUGACUCCAACAUAUGAUUUCGCCAGCAUAGCUAUCAUUCCUGCAAAAAGAAUACCGUACAUUUGUAUUAUAUUAACUUGCUGGUCUUUUGUUACUGCUUGAACCACCAUCUUAGCUGCUGCAUAAUUAGAUGUCCCAUAUUUGAAAGUUAAAAUAUUGUUUUGCUUUGGUAAGAUCACUUUCUUUUUCAGGCACUCUGUAGUGUCUUUUAUAUUAUUCCAAAAAAUACAACUAUUAACAGUAAAACUGGAUACUACCUGAACAUCUAGAACAUGCAGCAUCUUAUGGCUUAAUUAAGAUGUGUGAAAAACAAUCUAUAUAGGAUAAAUUGCUAUUUCCUUUUUCUAACUACUUUUUUGCUUAAAAUGAAUGCAAAAGAAUCCCUUUAUGUUUGUAGAAAUAAGUGAAACUGAUCUGCAUUGUUGUAACAUGGUGCUCACUUUAAAUCUGCAUGUUUGUGCAAUGUUAGAUAAAUAAGGCCUUAAGGCGAUUGUUGAUUGUGAAACAUCAAGUCAGCUACAGUAGGUUAUGAAGCACCGUUUCUGUAUGAUAACUUGAAAUUGUUGUGUUAGUAAUGGAUGGCCAGUGCCUUGUUAGUUAAUGUCAAAUUGGUAAAAGUUUUUUUAAUAGUCUUCCCAUAAAUAUACAGAAAUGCUAAUGCUAUAUGCAUGUAUGGUAACAUGUCAAUCAAAGGGUCAGUAUUCACAUAAAAACACCUUUACUAAACAGAUAACAAUAAAUCUGACUUGUGCUGAUAA